AUGGCUAUGAGAGCUGAGCUCGUGGCUUCCUUGGCAGUGGAAUAUCUAUUCCAAAUCUCUAUUCCAAGCUUGUUCCUGAUGCUGACUACUUGCACCAAUGCAGCCUCCAUUGCCAAGAGAGAUGUCAAAACCUCCUCAACUCUGCAAAUUGGAUGGUCCUACUCUGGCUAUUAUACCGAUAACAACAAAGGCAUCCGACAACUAUCACGGGAUGGAUACAGAGAUUACAAUGCAAUGACUGAAGAAACAUUCGAGUAUUUUAGCGAGUGUUACUGCGAUUUCCAAUUAGCUUCAACUUCGGUGAAGAAAUCCGAGACCGACUGCAACAUGCCCUGCAGCGGCGACAGCACAGAAGCCUGCGGCGGUAGCGACAGAAUCUCGGUAUUCACAAACGGCGUCGCGGCCCCAGUAAUCGACCCCGGCCCUCCGGGAUCGUCAUCCCUGGGCUGCCAGAACGAUCCCGGCCCAAGACUUCUUUCUUACCGAGCCGGCGUCGCAGCCGGCGAUCUCAAGAUGUCGGUGUUGCAGUGCACCAACGCAUGCCAGGCUGCUGGCUACUCGCUCGCCGGUGUGGAAUACUCGUCCGAGUGCUACUGCGACAGCCAGCUUCGUAACACGGGCUCUUCGGGCUUCGACGGCUGCAACAUGCUCUGCUCUGGCAACAGUUCCGAGUACUGUGGCGGUCCCAACCGGAUCAACGUCUACCAGGCAUCCGCCAAGCCCAAGUCUGUCAGUGUCAUGCCCUCAGGAUGGGCUGAAAAGGGAUGUCUGAAAGACAACGUCCUUGGAAGGGCUCUUACGGUCAACGUUGGCGUCGUUGGCGGUACCCAGAACAUGUUUGUUGGUGGCUGUGUUUCGGCGUGUUCUGCUGCUGGUUAUCCCAUCGCCGGCGUCAAAUACUCACAGGAAUGCUGGUGUGAAAGCCAAAUCAGGAAUGGAGGUGUAGCGGCGUCGGAUGGUUGCGAUAUGCCUUGCAAGGGCAACAAGGCCGAGUUAUGUGGCGGAGGUAAUCGUCUCAACGUUUAUGUUUCGAUUCCUCUGACCCUGCCGGAUAGCUCCACGUCUUUUUCGACCUCGUCGACGACCUCAACAAGCCCUACUUCGUCAUCCGUCUCAACCACUUCGAGCUCCUCUACAACUUCAAAGUCUACAACCAGUUCCGUUCCAUCAUUUACCUCGUCGUCCGUUAGGCCAACAACCUCGUCCACCGCGGGUUCUUUUUCGAGCUCUUCGACGACUUCAAAGUCAUCAACAAGCUCAACAGCAUCUUCAACUACUUCCUCCACCCCAUCUAGCACAACAAGCACUACGAGCAGCUCAUCCACGAAGACUUCCACAAUCACCACCACUCACUCUUCGAGUACUACUGCCGCCAGUUCGUCGUCUUCAAAGACGUCAUCAUCCUCGUCCAGCUCAGUUGCUUCAGCUAACAGGUGCCGCGCAACCAUCACUGGAGGUUUUCGCUUUACCAACCCAGCGAUCCAGUUUCGCAAGCUGUUAUUUCAGACAACCAUCAAAAUUCAGGUUGCUCAACUCUAUGGUAUCAUCAAGCAAAUGGUAAGACGGUCACAAAGCGCUUUCAUCCCAUCCGGUACUUCGAAUCGCCAAGCUCAUAUCUACCAAUCCCUCACCGGCCUGCCCAUUCGAGCCGCCAGGACCGUAACGUUUUAUGCAGGCCGCCUUGACUCUGCAACAAAACAGGACAAUGCGAAGGUCUAUAUUGCUUGGGGCGAUGCCAUCAUGGGCCCGUCUCCAGUCUGUGGCAGCUCUACGUACUCGUGCUUGACGACUUACAGCGACGCGGGUGGCUACAGACAACACACCUUCACCUUUACUCCCACUACAGCCAAUGGCACCCUUUCCAUAGGUUUCUCCUGGGAUAAUGGUUCAAAUGCUGCCCCUGUUAUUAUCGAUGACAUUACCGUGUCUUGA